AUGGACCUGAACUCGGAACUGGCUCGGCGCUUGGCUGGCAACUAUGACUUGGCGCUGCUGGAGCAUUUGGAAGCGGUGGAGCAAAGUCUUGUUGGGCUGUCAGGGUUGACGUUGUGUCGAAAUUUGCGGCGGCUGAAUAUCAACCAGAAUCGCAUUUCGGAUAGUACGGCCGUUGCCAAGUUGCCUCGGUUGGAAACGUUUCUAGCUCGCGGGAACCGCCUGCGUACAAUCACACCACUUCGCGGUCAUGCGACUCUCCAGCACUUGGAUGUGCGAGACAAUGCAAUUGUCGACUGGGAGACCUUUGUUCAGGACUGCGCCUCUCUGCCACAGCUUCGUCGACUCGACUUUGCAGGCCUGGGUCCGGCUGAGGACCCAGCUGUGGCCGAGACUGAGCAGCAACUCAUGGCGGUCUGCGCCAAUCUCAACGUUCUCAACGGUAAGCCCAGGAUCUGCGCGUGUACCGAGGGAUGCGCUCCCCAUGUCAUGCGCGCGGUGCGCCCCGCCUAA